AUGGCACCAAAACUCUAUUGCACCGAAGCAUCUGGGAACUGCUACAAAGUCCGCCUACUAGCUAGCUUACUUGAUGUUCAGGUGGAACAAGUCGAAGUGGACUUUUUCAACAUGCAACAUCGCUCGGCGGACUUUCUAGCCAUUAAUCCUCGGGGCGAGCUGCCGACCCUGGUCGAUCAAGGAAAAGUCUUCAACGAUUCCAGCGCGAUUCUCGUCUACCUCGCCGGAACGAACCCUGACCGAGGUUCUAAAACAGUUCCGUCGAGUUAUUGGUCUUCCGACAGCGUGGAACAGGCCUCGAUCGUGGAUUGGCUGGCCUUCACGGCCAGUUGGAUCCAGUUUGGACUGUGCAAGGCCAGAGCGAUUGUAUCAUUUAAUUGGCCGGCAGACGCCAGUGAGGACACAGUUGCGGAGGCAAAGAACAUGGGCGUGAAAUCGCUUGAGAUUCUGGAGGGAAAGCUAGAGAAGGAGCAGUGGUUAGCUCUCUCGAGGCCGACAGUUGCGGACGUGUCAGUCUUUGUCUACGUGGCUUUGGCGCAUAUGGGAGAUGUCUCGUUGACCCCGUACCCUGCUGUGAGGGCUUGGGUGGACAGGAUAAAGGGUCUGGCAGGUUUCAUUCCCCUUGAUGGCUUGGACAUGCCGGUGCAACGGAGUUGA